UUCUUGUAUACAAAGAAAAAAAAGAGAAACAAACAUGAAGUCGUUCAUUGCUAUUGCUGUGCUCGCCGCUAUUUGCGCCGUAGUUAAUACCGAGGAAGUCUGUCACAACAACGUUGUCAGAGCUUGUGCCUCUUCCACUCUCUCUGGUGCCAAUGUUUGCAAUGCCCGCAUGGGUGGCAUCGAUCACAUCGAACCCGAAGUCCAGGCCUAUGUUAACUCUCAAUUGACCAAAUCCUAUGACUACUUGUUGUUGGCCACCUACUUCAACAACUACCAAAAGAAUCGUCCCGGUUUCCAGAAAUUGUACCAAGGCUUGUCUGACCGCACUUUCGACGAUACCAUUGCCUUGAUCAAGAAAUUGACCAGCCGUGGUGGUAAGGUUAACUUCAAUACCGUCCACGAAAGUCCCGCUACCGUCUCCAAGGUUCGCAUGCAAAUGGAAGUCGAUGAAUUGCACUCUUUGGCCAUGGCUUUGGAUACUGAGAAGACUUUGAGCGCUGGUGCCAUGCAUGUUCAUACCCGUGCCCUCCACUCGACCGAACGUGACCCUGAAAUUGCCCACUACAUUGAAGAGAACUUCUUGACCAAGCAAGCUGAUACUGUACGCAAAUUGUCUGGUUAUGCUAACGAUUUGUCCAAAUUGAUGAAUGUCCAAGAUCCUUCUUUGGCCGUCUACUUGUUCGAUGAAUACUUGCAAAAGCAAUAAAUUUGUUAAAUAAUUUAU